GCUCUCAAAUCAGUGACCACUACCGAACGAAUGUUAACAAGCCAACUAGAUUUAGCACAGUCUGAAGAGGCUCGUCUUCGCCGUCUUUUGGUUGCCCAAGAAGCAAUGGAUGUCGCUGCCCUAGCUGCUUUGCUUAGUCCCCAGCCAAGCAUGAUGGGGACUGGAAUUAAUUUUACUGCUCAUCCUAUCGCCAGUGUUUCUGAUUCUGCCUGUGACUUGACCAGAGCAAAUAGUAUCGGUAUUUGCAAAAUGGCUAAGAGGACAUCAGCCAACUCAAUUAGUCAAUCCUUUUCGGCUGGACAACGCAGUACAUCUUUUAAAAAGCCAUCUCACCUUGCAGAUGGACUGCUGCUCACAACCAGCGAGUCUACAAUGAUCUGUCCGACGAACCUUGAAAAUAACUCGCAAUGCAAACCUAGCCAAGACAUAGCUAGUAGUCACGGCCAUGUACAAUCGGAUCCUUCAUUAGUUAACUCUUCAGAUUUCAUAUCUGGCUUGGUAACAGCCACUUCUGCCGCCGAAGCGGCUAUAAGGGUACCUUCUGCUUCUUCCGUUGCCAGAUCCUUAGCUAACAAUGUCUCAGUUAGGGAUCUGAUGUCUUCACGAAGUCCACAGGCAAGAACAUCAAUUUCGACUUCGGUCUUACUUCCAACCCCAACUGCAUUUGCGGGCUGUCUUCGCCAGGGAACUCUGACUCCCCUUAAGCUUCAUCAGUCAAAUAGGGCUGGUGAAUUAGAACAGGAUCCAUCAAUGUCCACAGGCUUCAUUUGUCGGACCUCUCCACAUGCUUCUGACACUUUAGAUUUGCCGACAAAAUCUAACCCAACGCUUCUGCAAAUUGCAGAGAAAUGCUACUCUCUUCAGGAAAUAGGAAGUGUCGCUUUUGAAUCCUUUUGCUGUACCUGUGGGUGCCACCAGGAUCAACUUCGGCAACCAAGCGUCCCUCCGGGCUUUGAAAAGCACAUUCAAGCCCAGCAGACAGAUCUGAAGAUGGAGCAGCAACAUUCCCCGCAACUACAUAAAGGUCAAAGAAAUGCUGAUUCUUCUGGUUGCGCGCUGGCCGAUGGAAGAAUGGAACUAGAUAGGAAUAGAUCGGUGAAGGUAGAUAACGAGGAGCAUUGCACCCAAGAGUUAGCUCAACUUAACCCCAAGAUGUUUUUAGAUAAACCAGGGAUCAGUACUGGAAAGGUCAAAUCCGAUGCAUGUGUCGGUUCAGACCCUCCUUGCAUUAGUAAUAACGUCGGACUCACCCCUCAAUGUGGAGUAGGCGUGUCUGACUCAGACGAGAAUACACCUUCAGAUCAAGGCCUUAUCUCGGAGGCCAAGGGCGAAUCCAUACACCUUAGUCUCGUUAGGGACAGAAAGUUACCAGAUCAUUUGGAUAGGGGGAAAGCAAAGAUUUGCAAGAAGCCGAGUUGCUACCAUACUUAUUCCAGAAUUAAUGGAACCAGAGAAUGUCUGUUUGCUGGGACAAUCAACAACCAGGCGCGCAGCCAAGUUAUCAAACAUAAACGAACGUUUCAUGAUCGUAGCGCUUCUGAUGAUGAUGACCGCAAUUAUGAUGAUAAGGGUGAUGGAGUGACUGAGGAUGAUGCUUUUGCUGUUGCAAAUAGUUGUGAAGCCGUUGUUACUGUGGCAAACGGGAUAGAGAGGGGAGUCAACGAUCCCGCAGAGACUUCUGUCUCUUUCUCUGUUCAGCAACUCUUUCAGCUUUUAGCCUCUGCUAUAACUGUUCUAACCUCAGCCAACGGAGAUGGACUCAAUACCAUGGCCUCCAAUCGCAUCAUCUUGCCGAAUUCAUCCGCCGACACUGUAUCUUUCAAGCAAACUCAAUCGAAUGGGCCCUCUAAUUCUCAACCAGGUUAUAGUGUUCGAAGCUGUCAUGAAAGUAAUGAUCAAGAAAAUGUAGAUCAUGCUCAAUCAUCAGAGUCAAUCAGAAGCAGUCUCACGUCGACUGAUCAGAAUCUUUCGCGUCUCCUUUUGGCUGCUGCUGCUGCAGUGGCCGCGGCCACUGUCCAAGGUGAUGCAGCACAAUGUCCUAGCGAAGUGAAGGCUCGAGUUCCGGGUCGGGGAAUUCAGAUGCACGAAAAACUAUCUGCGCAAGCCCGAAUGAGGUAUGUGAUGCGUCUGUAA